GCCGGAUUCAACCUCUUAACUCAAAAAUAAAUAUUAAAAAAGAAAUCAGUAGUUUCGAUGAAUUUAAAUCGCUAUGUGUCGUAUUGCGUGUAAUAAAAGAUUGGCAUAUUAUAAAGAAAUGACAGCCGACUUAUAAGUCACAACCAUUUCAAUUGAUUGAAUCUUAUUCAAAAAGAAACAAAAAAUAUCUUUAAUUAUGUAUUCAAAUAAUUCCUAUCAACAUCUAGCAGAUGAUUCGGAAGUUGUCAAUAUGGUUGCAUCAAAUCUUAAUUCGAAUCGAAUUAUUCACGAAACAAACAGCAAUGAAGCUUCAAAUCAUCUGGACUUAUCAAACGAUUACAUUACCUCAAACAAUGGCAAUUUACAAAUUGUUAAUUAUUUACAAACUGACAUAUUACAUCACCAUGGUCAGCUUUUGCAAGGAAUGAAAAAAAUUGACGCUAAUAACUAUUUGCAUGCAAAAGAUCAGAACCAAUUAGUACAUGUAUAUGGAAACGAUUCCUCUUCAACAAUCAUUGCAAAUGCGGGAGGAGGAUUACAAAAUUCACUUCCUUUAUUGACGCCGUUAAAGUAUGUCGAAUACAUAAGUGUAGGAAAUGAGGAGCAAAUGAUUGUUGGAAAUGACGAUUCAGACAAAAGUGAUUGCGAAAGCAUAAAUGAAUUACAUAAAUCACCAUCGAAACAUGUCAAGCGUAAUCUUCCACAUAAGAAAAGAAUCGCAAAGAAACUUAAUCAGCCUUUUAGUAAUACUGAGCAAUUCAGUAUAAUUAUGCCAACUGAAGAGCCAAGCGUUAGAAACAUGCAAGCACCUCCGGUAAGUCUUGAGCAACAUUUCGAUUGCAAUUUAUGUGGAGCUGCAUUUGCUGAUCAACUUGAGUUCUUCAUGCAUCUAAAACAACAUUACGAACCACAAAUGCAACCUGUUCAUAACAUGAAAAUGAAAAGUGACUGUGAAGGUGAUGAAAGUUUAAUAAUUACUCAAAAUGAACAUCAAAAUCAGAUAAAUGAAAGUCCUGAAUCAGAAGAUUCUCAUGAGAAUAGUAAAGAUGAUCACAAUGUUAUGAAACGUGAAGAGGCUUUGCCAGAAAUUGACGAGUUUAAUGAGUUUAGUGAGCCGGAAGAUAUGAUGGAAGAUUUAAGAAAAGAAGUUGAGAAGGUUGUUGAAACUAUUGAAGAUAAUGAACUGCCAGAAGCAACUUGGAAUUAUCAUGUUUCAGAUGAAAUCGUUGAAAACGAUGCUCAAUCACUCGCUCAAUCGCACGAUCUUAUCAUAUACGGUGAAAAUCAAGACUCUAAUUACGAUGAUAUCGAAAACACUGCUGAAAACGACUCCUUGCCAUUACAAAAUCAAGAUACAAGAUGUUUUGAGACUGAUGACGAUGACGACGAUAUAACACUCGAACAAGUUCGACAAUCACUUCAGAAAACGACGAAAUCAUCUGACGACAAUGAAAUGAAGAAGUUUCAACAAGAAGACGACAAAGAGGAUAGAGAACUGACGGAAUGUUUGAAGAGAAUUCAUAAUUUUAAAUGCACACUUCCGUCUUGUAACAAAGCUUUUAAUUCUCGUACUGCCUUGGGGUAUCAUCUGAAAACGCACACGACAGAGAGACGCUUUGUGUGUGAUCAGUGUGCAAAAGCUUUCGCAAGGAAAUAUUCUCUUGUUAUUCACAGAAGAAUUCAUACAGGCGAGAGAAAUUACAAAUGCACUGAUUGUGAUAAAAGUUUUCGCGCUUCUUCGUACCUUCUUAAUCACAAAAGAAUUCACACAGGAGAGAAACCGUAUUCAUGUACGGUGGCAAGUUGUCAGAAGAAGUUUAGGGUCGUUGGGGAUCUUAAACGUCAUAUGAAAAUUCAUGAUCGUUCCAAAGGCACAACUAAAGAGAAGAAAAAGGAACCAAUCGGUGUUAUUGUGAUUAAAACUGAACCAGACAAACAAGAAAUUUCGAUGAAUAAAGUUCAAACAAUAAAUGACGAAUGUGUCGAUCUUAGUUUCAAAGAGGAAAAAACCAAUUCGAUUAAAAACGAAAUUUAUACAAAAGACGAUCUCAGUGAGUCGCCUUCACGAAAAAAUCGGAAAGCAAUUAAAAGCAAGAAAUGUAAAUAAUGCAAAAAAUGAUUGUGAAAGAAUGUUUAAAGGAAUAAUAAAUAAAUAGUUUUUUAAUUAAUGAA